ACACUGCCUGCAAGAACCGACCCCUAGACCUUGUCUUCAUCAUAGACAGUUCCCGUAGUGUCCGACCUGAAGAGUUUGAGAAAGUGAAAAUCUUUUUGUCCAACAUGAUCGAUACUCUGGACGUUGGUGAAAGAACAACCCGUGUGGCAGUGAUGAAUUACGCCAGCACGGUCAAGGUAGAGUUUCCCCUCCGGACCUACUUUGACAAAGCAUCUAUGAAGGAGGCCGUGUCUCACAUUGAGCCCUUGUCUGCUGGCACAAUGACCGGCCUUGCCAUCCAAACCGCCAUGGAUGAAGUCUUCACUGAGGAAAUGGGCACCCGGCCAGCAACCUUCAAUAUCCCCAAGGUGGUCAUUGUUGUGACAGAUGGACGGCCACAAGACCAGGUUCAAGAUGUGGCAGCAAGCGCCCGCACAGCUGGCAUCGAGAUCUAUGCAGUUGGGGUAGACCGGGCAGACAUGCAGUCCCUGAGGAUCAUGGCCAGUGAACCGCUGGAUGAACACGUCUUUUAUGUGGAGACGUACGGUGUGAUCGAAAAGCUGACAUCCAAAUUCAGAGAGACUUUCUGUGCUGCAAACGUGUGCGCACUUGGGACCCACGACUGCGAGCAGGUCUGCGUGGCGAACGGCGCAUCCUACCUUUGCGACUGCUAUGAAGGCUACACUCUCAACCCAGAUAAGAGAACCUGCUCAGCUGUGGACGUGUGUGCACCUGGAAGGCACGAGUGUGAUCAGGUCUGUGUGAGUAACAACGGCUCCUAUGUCUGUGAAUGCCAUGAGGGCUACACCCUGAAUCCUGAUAAGAAGACUUGCUCAGCCAUAGACGCAUGCACACCUGGAAGACACGACUGUGCACAAAUCUGUCUGAGUAACGAUGGAUCCUACAGCUGUGACUGCUUUGAAGGGUACACUCUGAAUCCAGAUAAGAAGACUUGCUCAGCUGCCGACAUGUGUGCACCUGGAAGGCAUGACUGCGAGCAGGUCUGCGUGAGAGAUGAUCUGUUCUAUACCUGCGACUGCUACCAAGGCUACACCCUGAAUCCGGACAAGAAGACGUGCUCAAGAGUCACAACAAGCAGUCUCAUAACAACAGAGGAGUCCUGCAAGUGUGAAGCCAUAGCUGCCCUGCAGGACUCGGUCACCUCACGGCUUGAAGCUCUGUCCACAAAAUUAGAUGAAGUGUCUGAGAAGCUGCAGGUGUAUCAAGGCAGACAGCAGGUUGUCUGA